CCUAGAAUUAUGACGUUUAGUUUAGCUCCUGCAUGAGAUCCAGCCACAUUUGUAAAGUAUUUCAUUUAUUUUAGACUUUAAUGUCUUGUUUCAAAUGACUGUGGUGGUGUUAUGUACUCUGUGUCCUGUUCCAUGCUAUGUCGAUCUAUUGAGUACUUUAAAACCGGAAAAAAAUUAAGCACUGGCUGCAGAAAUGCCUCUAGCCAUGUCCCAAAUCAAUGACCCAAAAAUCGCUUUCGCCUACCUGCGUCCUGCCUGUGUGCUACUCACCAAAGAGCCCACUCUGUCCAAUGUGGAGACUUUGAGUGCCCAGUUAAAAGAAGUCAAUGAUGUUUCUUUGCAGCAACUUCAAGACUAUAUACUUUUCCCAUUACGCUUUGUGCUUAAAAUCCCUGGACCUAAGAAAGACAACUUGGUGCAAGCUGUGGCUAAUGCUAUUGGCUAUGUUUUGGAGAAUACAUGUGUGCAAAGCUGGGAUACUCUCCAUGAUCUGUUUUCUGAACUUUGUCUAUGUCUGUGCUGCCCAACUGAUCCUGGAAAACCUGUAGAUGCAUCAGAGGAGCUAAAACUGUCCAUUCUUAAAUGUCUAGAUGCCUUGAUACAUGCAACCUAUGGGGAUAUUGUCAUCAAACUCUAUGAACCAGUCAUGUUACCAGGACUUGGGGCUGCUGUGUCAUUGCUCUUAGCUUUAGCAGAAAAGGAGAAAAGUCGAGAAAUUCAGGGCACUGCUUUGAAGUUGUUGUUGGUUUUGAUACAGCAGUGUGAUUGCAGUCAGGAGCACAUAGACUGCAUAGCACACAGAGGGACUAUUGGAAGAAUUAUGGCUUCAUUUUUACCUGGGAUCUCCACUGCUGUAGCCAGGAUCAUCACAGGUGACAUACGACAAGGGCACGGAGUUACUGUCAGAGCCAUGAAGGUAUGGUGUGGUACAGUUAGCGUGGUGAUGGAAGACUCCCAACUCCAGUGUUCUACCCCAGUGGAGACCCCCUCCCCAGAACUGGGUCGCGUUGGUCAGCUGCUGGUGCUCAGGACAGAGGAGUGGGUGAAGAGCACUGCAACCCGACUUUGUGUGCUCCUAAAGAAGAUCAUCUCCUGCACCUCAGCCCAUCGCCACUGGAGGGUCCGCCUGGCCUUGGUGGAGCUGGCAGACCUCCUGUUACAGAGAUGUGGACAGUCUCUGGCAGAGUGUGUGGGGUCUCUUCUGGAUGCUCUGGUGGGAGCUGUCAGUGAUGAUGAACCCAGGGUCAGAGAGAGAUGUGAGGUAGCCCUACAAGAGGUCUCCCAGAGGAACCAACAGAUCAGCGGUGAUGGAGAUGAAAGCAGUAGAAACACCUCAAAGACCUUCACAGACGUCCUAUCGGAGAACCUCCACUCUCUGUGCACCUCCCUGCCCCGACUCAUGAGGACCUCAGACGACCAGAAGAAGUUGUUUGUCCUCAAUGUGUUUCUGGGGUACAUCAAACUGCUGGGCCCUUUGGUGUCUGUGGUCCUUGCCUCUGCUACACAUCUGGAAAGAGUCUCAAAGGCAUUAAUGCAGGUGCUGGAGCUGGAUGUGAUGGACGUUCGGAUUGUGGAGGAGAGGAGCUACACUGACACGGACAUUGAGUCUGGCUCUAGUGUUCAUGUGCACAGGAAACAUUUUAUGUACUUUACAGAUGAUCAAAUCUUCUCUGUGCUCAUGGAGAUCUGCCGCACGUUAGGUUAUUAUGGCAACCUCUACCUUCUGACUGAUCACUUCCUAGACCUGUACAGGCAGUCCUCUGUGUAUCGAAAACAGGCUGCAAUGGUUCUGAAUGAGAUUGUCAGGGGUGCUGCUGGUAUCGCCGUGGCAACAGGCAAACAGGGUUUGUCCACUGGACCGUGUGCCGAGGAGGACCUAAGGGCAGUGGUGGAGUCCAUCAUAGAGGAAUACAUCAGUGUCAACAACUGGCACCUCAUGACAGUUACCGAAGAGACGGAUAGAGACAAACAAGACCAAAAGCUGCUCAGUCCAUCCAGACUUCUCUCCAUCUCCAACACUGAGACAACUUUCACGUCAGGCCCUCUCCAUCUGGUCCCAUUUGGUGCACCAGCCUCCACCUCACACCUCCAUCAGCUCAACAGUAACAUCUGGCAGCUGUGUGUCCAGCUCGAGGGCAUAUCCUGUUUCGCUCAGGCUCUGGGCCAGGGUUUCUGUCCCUUGCUGAUGACAUCAUUAUACCCAGUUUUGGAGAAGGCCGGAGAGGAGAGCCUGCUGGUGAGCCAGGCGGCGCUGGGCUGUAUGUGGGGCAUGUGUACGGCCUGUGGGUACGCCUCACUGAAGGAACUGAUCAAUGAGAACUCUGACUACCUGCUCAAUGACAUCUCUCUUAACCUGCAAAGGCUCAGUCAGCACCCACAGGCUCCACGGGUGCUGGCGGUGAUGUUGACUCACUCAGAUUGCUCUCUGCUGCCCCUGGUGGGGGACAUUGUGCAGGACGUGCUAACAGCUCUGGACCUGAGCUAUGACCACACAGCAGCUCUGUUCUGCUCUGUGUUACACGCACUGAUGAAGGCACUGGCGAGGUGGUUUCCUUCCAGUCUGUGCACAGCCAGAAAGCAGAGUAAAUCCGAGCAAGGAACCAUAAACCAAGAAGACUUCAACUUUGGCCAAUUCCUGCUGGAUUACAGAAAACAAAAGGAGCUGGCUGAGGGCAUCGGCAUAGAGCACGACAUGGAGGACACUGUAGAUAUUGAUGUCCCACCUCCCCCUGAACCUGAAGAUGUGGAUGAUAUUGGUGGUCCCGAUGUGAAAAAAGAACUUCCUAAUCAUCUUCAGAUCACUAAAGAUGUUAUGGAGCGGUGCAUUCACCUAAUGUCUGACCCAAACCUAAGAUUACGACUAAAGGUGUUGGAUGUGCUAGAGUUGUGUAUAUCUGUUCUGAGUGAAAUGGAGAAUGAGCUGCUUCCUAUGGCCCAUCGCUGUUGGCCUGCUCUGCUUCAAAGACUGACCGCUGACGACCCACUAGCUGUACUCAGGGCCUUCAGGGUGCUGUGUACUCUGGGGGAGACCUGUGGGGAUUUCCUGAGGAGGCGAGUGUCCAAAGAGGUUCUUCCAAAGUUGAGUUCAUCUCUGCUCCUCCAGGCCCCGGUCAGUGCCAGGGCUGGACCGGUCUACACCCACACUCUGGCCUUCAAACUGCAGCUGGCUGUUCUAGAGGGACUGGGCUCUCUGUGUCAAAGACUGGAUCUGGGUGAGGAGGAUCUGAAUAAAGUGUGUGAGGCGUGUUUGCUGUACCUCAGCUGCAGACAGCCAGCCAGACUCCAGGAAGCCUGUCUGAGUGUAUUUCGACAUUUAAUCCAAGUGGAUCCCGACACAUUCUGGUUUGUCCUCAAUGAACUUCACUGUCCGUCAGACUUCACCCCUCCUCACCCGGACCUCCAGCCUGUGCACCUCUCUGGCAUGGGACGACCCAGGGAUGAAUACACGGACAACGUAAUGAAACUGCUCACAGAGGAGUUUCAAUCGCAGACAAUAACAAUGCCAAGCUCGUGAUAAAGUCUGCGCUGCCGUCUGCACUUGUUGGACUGAAAAUCUGGAAAUCUUGUUAGAAUCAAAAAACAUCUUCUGAACUUGCUUGUUGUUAUUCUAUAAAACACAGUAUAUUGUAUUUAGUAUUGUUUUUUUUUAAGAUUAAAUGUGAAGCCUUUUACUAAGUUGUAUUUUUUAUAUUUUUGUUAAAUCCUUCAG